UUUAGGAGGGAUUUAAGGGGCUUUCUAUGGCUAUAGCCGACAAGGACAAAUAGCACCCCCAAAGCCCAGAGCUCAGCGAUGAAGCUGAGAAGAUGGAAUGCAAGAUUUUUUGUCUAAAGCACACAGGCUGAGCUGAAGGCGUCGCUCCAUUUUUCCCACCAAAGAGGCAAAACACAAAAAAAAUGUAAUAAUCGGAGGAACUGGAAAGCUGAGCAGCUGCCAGCGCUGGCAACCUGCAUCCCGCACAGCUCCCAUCGCCUCGGGCUUCUCUUCCACUCUCCCUUUGCCUCCUGCAAGAUUUAAGCCUUUCCUUUGCAAUCUCGACUCCUGACAAUCCUUGUCAAUAAAUGAGCAAUGACACUGCGCUGUCAAGUUGUAUAAAAUCUGAGGCGCUGCAGCCCAAAGUAGGUGCCGAAAUCUCGCUGUGCGCCGGAGGCGGUGAUGGAAGGGAGCCGGGAUGGAGGAGGGGAGGGAAGAGCAGCUCAUCGCCAUGGUUACCAGCAUCUUUGCAAAGUUCUUCACAUCCAUCUGGUUUCAUUUCCAGCCCUUUUCAUCUCACGGAAGGAACAUCCCUCGAUGUUUCUGGCUGCAUCAGGCGUGGCAGACGGUGUGGUGGGAUAGAGGAGGAGUGUAGGAGGUGGGAGACGGGCACCCUAUGCCUCCCAGCCUUGAGUUGAGCUGCUUAACCUCCUGUCCCCCCACUUCCCACCUAUCCAUAGAAUGGCUCGACUGGGAUCCACUCUCUGAUGGGAUUUCGGUGGUGUUGUAUCAGUCUGACGCCCCGCAGGGACUGCCACGACCCAGACCGGGAGCUCCAGCCUGGGUGAGCAGAAGCAUCUCGGCUUGGGGAGCCAGCUCUUCUCCUGCAGAGGGAUCCAGGCUCGUCCCCAGAGCCGAUGAGGCUCCCGGCCCUGCCUGCAGCGCUCCUGACCGCCAGAGCCUUCCAGCAAAUCAAUUCUGGAAAUGAACAGGACCAGCUAAUUGAGUUAAUCCUGAGAAGUUAAUCAAUGCCGAGGCGGUUUGGCCAGUAGUCCUGUUUAUAAUCCAUACAGAGAUCAUUAAUAACUUGUGAAAUGGAAGCGCAGCGCAAAGCCAGGUGGUGUGGAAAUCCGAGGAGAAUCACAACAAGGCUGAGCCUGGAGGAACCGUACCCAGGAUGAGGGCAGGAUGCAGCCCGCCAGCCCUGGGCAGAGCUUAUGGAGAGCCCACAGUUGUGCUUGUGGGGACUGUGGGGCUCCGGCUCCGCCUCAUUUCCCCUUUCCCCUGGGUUUUCCACUGCUCCAUCUCUCUGUGCAGCUUUGCCAGCUCAGAGUGGCUCCGGGAUCCAGAGCAGCCCAAGGUGGCACCGAGCUGAAAGCAUGGCAAGAACCAUGGCUUGUCCAUCCUUUUGCAAAGGCAGCCGGAGAUCUCCCAGCAAGGGCUCCAGCCAGUCUGGUGCCCGGCUCCUCGGGCUCAUCGCCGGUCUGGAAGAGUGGCUCAGCAGAGCAAACCGGCCCCUUGCCAGCGAGGUCUGCGUUUGGCUUCUGCUUCCCAGGGCUCCAAGACGUCUUGCCCUUGCUCCUCAGCUUGGAUGGGUCCACCCCUGGCGUCGGGAAGGGAGCCCAGCGGGUGACUCGGCUGUUCGUGCUUGGCCAGCCUGCAGGGAGCAGGGGCUGCUGGAAAGCUCUCCAUGAGAUGGAUCCUGCCUGGAUGUGCUUGUGUCCAGAAGAGAGAUCGCUGAUGCAAGCAACAGAGAGUUGGGACCGUGAUGCCCUGCACGGAGGGAGCCCCUGUGGAGCUCCCAGCCAGCGACGAGAAGGAGCACCUGGGUCCAGCUUUGCUGCAUUUCCAACCCCUACACCUCAGCACCCAGAGCUUCACCCGGGCUUUGCGUGGGCGUCAGGCCACUGUCCGCACAGAGACGGGGAGCAUAAUGCUGAACAGCAUCACCGAUGGACUCCUCUGCUGCCUGAUGGGCAAGACGACGAACGCCGUGGGGCCGCUGGACACCGUUGAGUCCAGCAACGGUUACAGCUUCAUGGAGGUGAAGCCGGGGAGGAUCCUACGGAUCAGGCACAGUGCGCCCACCCGCCCGGCCGUGGAGGGGCCCGAGGAGACGCAGCCCGGGGGGCCGGAGCGGGGUUUGGUGCACUGCAAGCGCAAGAUCACCGUCUACCGCAACGGGCAGCUGGUGAUCGAGAACUUGGGUGACGCCGUCCGCUCCGAGAUCCUGCACUGCCAGAACAGCUCGGGGGAACCCAACAGCACCGUGGAGCUGGAGCUCUCCGAGCUGGCUGGCCAAGCUCCCGCCCAGGCUCCUGCCGGCGUGCCGGGAUGCGACACACCGGGAUGCGGCGCGCGGGACGGAGCCGCUGCCCCCGCCAAGCGUCGGAAGCGUAAACCCAAGAAAGUCAUCAACAUCGACUGCAAGAAGCAGAUCACGAGCUGCAAAGGGACACACAGCGACGUGGUCCUCUUCUUCAUCCACGGUGUGGGCGGCUCGCUGGACAUCUGGAAGGAGCAGCUGGACUUCUUUACCAAGCUGGGCUACGAAGUGGUGGCUCCUGACCUGGCUGGCCACGGCUGCAGCUCGGCUCCCCAGAUUGCCGCCGCGUACACCUUCUACGCGCUGGCAGAGGACAUGAGGGCUGUCUUCAAGCGCUACGCGAAGAAGAGGAAUAUCCUGAUAGGACACUCAUACGGGGUGUCCUUCUGCACCUUCCUCGCCCACGAGUACCCAGACCUGGUCCAUAAGGUGAUCAUGAUCAACGGAGGGGGCCCGACGGCGCUGGAGCCCAGCCUCUGCUCCAUCUUCAACAUGCCCACCUGCGUGCUGCACUGCCUGUCCCCGUGCCUGGCAUGGAGCUUCCUCAAGGCUGGCUUCGCUCGCCAGGGUGCCAAAGAGAAGCAGCUGCUGAAGGAAGGCAACGCCUUCAACGUGUCCUCCUUCGUGCUGCGUGCCAUGAUGAGCGGGCAGUACUGGCCGGAGGGGGACGAGGUUUACCACGCCGAGCUGGCCGUGCCCGUCCUCCUGGUCCACGGCAUGCACGACAAGUUCGUCCCGGUGGAGGAGGAUCAGCGAAUGGCUGAGAUCCUGCUGAUCGCCUUCCUGAAGGUGAUCGACGAGGGCAGCCACAUGGUGAUGAUGGAGUGUCCUGAGACGGUGAACACGCUGCUCCACGAAUUUGUCCUGUGGGAGCCCGAGACGCCAGCUGGGGACGGGCAAGGCGAGAAGAAAUAAGCCGUCGGGACGCGGUGACCGGGCUGUUCCGACAGGAGAGAAGUUUCAGAGCAGAGAGGGGUUUGCGAGAGCAGAGGGGUGCAGCGAAGGCUGCUCUUGCUGCGAGCUCAGCCGAUUUGUCUUUCCCGGCCACGUUGGAGCCUGGUGGCGGAGCACGGAGGCUCCCCCAGGCAGGGUUGCGCGGGGCCGGCAGCGGGAACACGGCAGACCUGGUCCCUGUCCCCUCGGGGACGGCGUGGCAGCCACUGGAGCGUCUUCAUCCUGUUUCUUUGUAGUAUUAUUUUCCUCACGCAGCAGCCCCCUGGGGAUGGAGAGGAGGCGGCUGCGGGGAGACUGGUCCCACCUGCAGCAAAACGGGAAGAACUUGGAGGGGUUCCUCCAGGGAGAGCGUGUUGGCUCCAGCACCUCCAGGGCUGGUGGAACUGAGCUGGGAUUGCUUUAAGGGGAAGGCAAAGGUUCCUCAGCCUCAGCAGUGGGAUUUGUCUCUCCGAGCCCUGCAGAGCCUCAUUCGAGCCGUCUGUGGGGACCAUUAUUGCCAGCAGCCGUGCGUGUGGCAUCCAGCAGCUCCUGCCUGGUGCUGGCGAGGCUCUGCCUGGCCAGGAGGUGAGGACGAGGAGGUGACCUGCUUCUGUUGGCAGAGCCAAAAGCACCAUCAGCUCCCCCGCUGCGGUGGGAUUUGCCUGACUGUGGUGGGGACAACAACGUCAAACCUGAGCUCCCCCGCGGUCCCCAGUGCCACCGUCCGUGCAGUCGCAUCCCCAACCACCAUCACUUUAGGUACCGCAACACUGGCUUCUGCAGAGCCCUCUGCUUCCCUCUCACUGCCGCAUCCUCGAGAUGCUCGGAGCCAUUGCCACCGCGCAGCGACUCCUGCAGCAUCCCAUUCGCUCGCUCUUCCCGGCUUCCAGCUCCUCCACAACUCCAGGAUCCGCUCCUGGGCCACGUCCCUGCACUGGGGACCAGCAAUACACCCUGGCGUUCCUGCUGUGUCUGUCCUUCCUGACAACUCCCAUACGGAUCUGCGGGUUAUUGGAGCAACGAAGCAAACCGCAACCGUCUGAUCGCAACGAGAGAGCAGCUCCUUCCCUGCCGACACCGUUCUGUACAUAACCCUCCUAUCCCAUCAUCUCCUCCCCUCUGCGCUUCGCAUCCCGCUGCCAGGAGCCGGCCAGGACCAAGAAGGUACAUGAGAAGCGUUGAGUGGGGACCUGGGGGCCAUCACGAGAUCUGGAGGCUCCCGGACACGCGGGGAUGGAGGCACCUGAGGGAUCCCGUGCACCAGGGAUGGCCCCAGCCUUCCCGCUACCCCAAAGAGUGGAGCCACUCCCUGCUUUUUUUCCCCCUCUUAUUUCCCCCCAUCGAAACCAAAGAAACAACCAGUCCCACGCACACCUCACCCCUGGCCCCCUGCCCCUCUCUGCCCCGGACGGGGCUGUCCCCACGCCGAGGUCCCCCAGGUCAGCUCAAGGCUGGGCAAGGCUGCUCCGACUGCAGCCGGCACCCACCUGGGUGCACCUUCCUCGAAGCUGAGCCCACGUUCCUCCUCAAGCUGAGCGAUGUAGAAGAGACAGGGUCCUUCAGAGCCGGCCCCACCGUCCCGGGGACCCCGCGUGAUGAGUGUCCCCAGGAGCCCAUCUCCAUUUGCGCCUUCCUUGAAGUUGAGCUCACCUUCCUCCUCAAACGGAGCGAUGGAGAAGAGGAAGAGCCCUUAAAAGUCACCCCAAGUUGAUGGGGACCCUUUGUGCCGAGUGUCCCCAGGCAGCCCCCUCCAUCCCCGCCCCGGGCAGAGCUGACCCUCUGCCAGCGCCCGUCCCUGCCCGCUGCUGCCACAACCUGUCUCAUAAUGAGAAUUUUAACGACCCUGCACUCAGAUCCUUUCCACCACCCCUCACCCCGUCCUGCCCAGGGGAGACCCUGCAGCGGAGCCAGGGUCUGCAACCAGGGGACCCCGCGAUGCCACCGUACCCCGAAACGCGGCUCUGCCCCUGCCGCGAGCCCCGAGCUGGCUCCAGGUGGCCGCGGGCCACGUCAUUCAACCUCUGUUUGCCACGAAGUCUGUGUCGCUUGUACCCACAUCGCUUGUGCUAAGGCCAAGGCAAACCACGCACCGCAACCCCGCGCCGCG